AUGAGGGAACCUGGACUGCAAGACCUGGCCUACCGGGGCCCAAUUCACAGGGAACCUGGACUGCAAGACCUGGCCUACCGGGGCCCAAUUCACAGGGAACCCGCACUGCAGGACCUGGCCUACCGGGGCCCAAUUCACAGGGAACCCGCACUGCAGGACCUGGCCUACCGGGGCCCAAUUCACAGGGAACCCGCACUGCAGGACCUGGCCUACCGGGGCCCAAUUCACAGGGAACCCGCACUGCAGGACCUGGCCUACCGGGGCCCAAUUCACAGGGAACCCGCACUGCAGGACCUGGCCUACCGGGGCCCAAUUCAAAGGGAACCCGGACUGCAGGACCUGGCCUACCGGGGCCCAAUUCACAGGGAACCCGCACUGCAGGACCUGGCCUACCGGGGCCCAAUUCAAAGGGAACCCGGACUGCAGGACCUGGCCUACCGGGGCCCAAUUCACAGGGAACCCGGACUGCAAGACCUGGCCUACCGGGGCCCAAUUCACAGGGAACCCGGACUGCAAGACCUGGCCUACCGGGGCCCAAUUCACAGGGAACCCGGACUGCAGGACCUGGCCUACAGGGGCCCAAUUCUCAGGGAACCCAGACUGCAGGACCUGGCCUACCGGGGCCCAAUUCACAGGGAACUUAGCCUGCAAGACUGA